ACACCCGGCCGGGUUAAAUUACCCGGAUGCGGAAGUGCUUGUUCUUUUUCUCUCCCGGGCGCUGGGGUGCUGCGUUGAUCGUCUCGGCACCCGUCGCCUGAACCGUCACCAUGCCUCGCAAAAUCGAAGAGAUCAAAGAUUUUCUACUGACAGCUAGAAGGAAAGAUGCGAAGUCUGUCAAAAUCAAGAAAAACAAAGAUAACGUGAAGUUCAAGGUGCGCUGCAGCCGGUAUCUUUAUACACUGGUCAUCACAGACAAGGAAAAGGCUGAAAAAUUGAAACAGUCUCUGCCACCAGGUUUGGCUGUGAAAGAGCUGAAGUGAACCAGUUGUCUCUGGAAUUUGGCCCAUGGAUUGUAAUAAAAAAGUUAUCUGUU